GCGAGCCAGCGCCGCUCAUGGCCCGCGAGAAGUUCAAGCACUCAUGGGAGUCUCGUGUCACCGCCGGCCCGGUGCCCCUCGAUCGCAUCACACAUUCCGGCAGCGUCGGCACACCCGCCACCCUGACCCCCCCCUCGACUCUGGCCCCGCCCGCCUGCUGGGCCUCUUCCUCUUCCACCGGGGCCCGGAUGCGCUCGUCCUCCGGCUUUGGCCAGCCUCUCGGAGGCGGCAACAGCGGCACCUCCGCCACCGCCAUGCACAGCGGCGGCACGCCGCUGGUUUCCCUCUUGCAAGCCGGCCUGCCGGCCUCCCUGCCCACCUCCCUGCCGGGCUCCACCUCCUGGCCGGGGCCGGGCUCCCUGCUGUCGAACCAGCUUCUGUCUUCUGGCGGCCCGGGGCCGGCCGGCGAGCUAUUUCCCCCACCGGCCAUGGUUGCUGAUGGCCACCACCAGGUGACCAUCGCCGUGGCGAUAAUCUUCAACCCGGCCGGGCGGCAGGUGCUGUUGGAUCAAUUCUUCGCCAGCCUGGCUCUGGUGGACCACUAUCUCGAGCGGGAUCUCCUGCGUGUGGUCACUCGCGAGGUGCAGGUGGCCCUGGAUCUGGGCGAGUCCCUCGAGGCCGCCCGGUCACGGUCUUCCUCCACGUCCUCGACCUUUUCCGGCUGCUCGGUGUCGGCUCCGCUGCCGGUGGCCGGUGGCCCGGCCGGGGCAGGUCCCUUUCCCGGGGGCGGCCUGUCGCGGGCCGCCGCCGGGUCCAUGUCCGGCUGGCUUCCCCCGGGCCCGGCCGGGGCCUCGCUCGGGUCUUCGGUCUCCUCCCUUUCCUCGUGCUCCUCCUUUUCAGCCUCCCCCCCGCCGGGGACCAUGGCCAGCUUCUCGCAGCCGUGGUUCCACCAGGGGCCCCUGGGGAUCCUGCCACCGCCGUCGCCCUCCGCCUCGCCGUCCGUCUCGCCCGGGGGGCAGCUGCUUUUCCCGGCCCUGAUUCCCCCCUCGACAUCCUCCAUGGCGGCGGCGGCGGCGGCGGCCUCCUCCUACCACCUGCCCUCAUCCUUCCCCCUGAAGCCCGGGUAUAUGCCCUCCGAAUGGGGGCCGUCCCCCUCGCAAGCUCCCUUCCCGGCGGGCAGCCAGCCCGGUUGCCUGGCCGCCGAGCCGCCCCCGGCUCCGAUCCCCACCAUCACCCUGUCCCCCCCGCCGACAUCUUCCUCCCUGUCGGAGUCGCCCUUUGCCUCGGCCUCCUCGUCCAACUCCUCGUCGGUGUGUUCCUCGCCCUCGCCCUUCAGCAGCCUGCCCUUCCCCGUGGUUGUCGGCGCCGCUGGUGCCGGUGCCCCGGCCGCCGGUGGUUUGCCCACCGCCAGCCUCGGGUCUCCCUCGCCCUCGGGCAUGAUGCCCUUCCCGGUGGCCGGCACUCCGCCCCACCUGGGCGGGGGAGGAGCUGGUGCUGGGAGCGGCUCGGCGGCGCUCCUGCUGGCUCCCUUCAGUUUCGCCGGCAACGAGCUGGUCGCCUCCUCGGUGCUGGCCUUCCAGACGCAAGUGGUCCAACUGCUGGCGGCUCCGCGUCUUGCCCAGCCGGUCUGGCUGCAAUCUUGUGCCGAGCGUUCCCGGCUGCCUGGCCCGGCAAACGCCCCGAGCCCUCGGCCGCAGUUUGCCCUUGUGCCCCGUCUGGCCGAUGUCCUUGUGGCCGACUUGAUUUUCUUGAAUUACUUCUUCCGCGAUCAAAACCUGCCGAACCUCCUCUCGGAGAUCCUGACCGCGGUGCUUGUCUACCAUCGUUCCUGGGUCUCGACCAUCAUCCCCAAAGCCACAACCAGCCGCCUGCCGGCCGGGGCUGCCGCCACUGCCGGUGACAGCCCGCGCGGCAGUCGGCGGCCUGGCCUGUCGGCGGCCUCGGCCCAGGCGGCCUGCCUGUAUGGGAGCGUCGCUCCGCACACGGUGUCCGAGCUGUCGGCCAGCGCCGAUCCCCAAGUGACCGCGGCUCGUGCCACGGCCUCGGUUCCCAUCCCGGCCUCGGGCCUGGGCGACGGGUCGGCCGCCAGCACGCCGGCCACGCCGGCCUCGUCGUUGAGUCUGGGCGGCGAUUCGGCCGGGCCCCUGGCCGAUGAGGACUCCACUCCGGCCAUGGAGCAUGGUGCCCCGGUGGCAGCCACACCCAAGUCCGUCUCCGGGCUCACCCAAUCGCGAGUGGUCAUUGUCGGUGGCCCGGCCCGGGUGACCAAGGCCCUGUUGAAUGUCCUUUCCUACUUCCUGCGAUGUUCCCCGGAGGUGGGCAUCCAAGUGACCCCCGACGGGGCUUCCGAGUCCCCGCCUCCGGCCAAUCCCACCGCCGCCAGCAGCAAGCCGGCUUGUCGUUUCAUCGUGCCGCUGCCCUGUCAUGCCGGCGGGUCGCGGGUCGCCACGGCACCGGCCUCGUCAGGCCCCUCCCCGUCAUCCUCGUCCUCCUCGCCCUUCUCCUCUUCCGCUCCGGCCUCGUCUUCCUGGUCAUCAUCCGCAGCGGCAUCAUCUUCCUCUUCUUCGCCAUCGUCGACGCCAGCCCGGCCUCGCCCGGCUCGAUCAUCCAUGCCGUCCCUUCGCCCUGACCGGCGUCCUGGCGGCGGCAUGCCUUCGGGCCACCCCCUGUUGGGUGGCCUGUGUCCGCAUGGAUUCACCCCGGAUCUGGUGUUGCAGGCGAUCCCCUUCCGCAGCAUGCCGGUGUUGCCCUUCACACCUGCCGAGGCCCUGGCCGGGGCCGUGCCCGCCGGGCCGUCGCCCACCGGCGGCGGGCCAUCCGGACAACUUGUCGGCGACUCGCCCACCGGGGCCCUGGACCGCCUGGUGCGAGACGUGCGUGGGGCUCUUGGCCGGCGUCUGCCCACCGGUGCCGGUGGCACUGCCCGCUCGGCCCCGGUGGUGCGGAGCUCGGCCGUGGUCAUUGACUUGACAUCCCUCGGGUCGUGGGGAGCUGGCUGGCUGGUUCCGUCGCUCCGGCGCCCGGUCCGCCCGGGGCCUCCUCCCCCCGGGCCAGCCGGGGGGGUUCCUGCCUCGGCGGCAGCAGCGGCCGCGGCCGCGGCCGCCGCCGUUGUCCACGCGGCCGGCGCCGGUGCCAGUCUUGUGGCCUCCUCGCCCGGGCCCGGGUCGCCGGCUGUUCCGGCGGGUGCCGCGGCGACCGAGGCCGAGCCCUCCAUGUCCACUCUCACGGCUCCCUUCCCCCGGGGGGGCGCGGCCUGCUCGGUGGACUCCACUGGCCGGCCGAUUGUCUUCAUCCUGGAAAGCCAGCUCCUGCCCUCGCUCCGAGCCACCCCCACCCGCCGGCGCCUGGUGACCAGUUCGCCCUCGGUGGCUGCGCUGCUGCACACGGUGGAACUUCUCCAUCGGACUGGUCUUCCCUCGGCUGUGGUUUCCCAGCACAUGGAGGACAGCCUUCAGGUGCUCUUCCUCCGCAGCGUCCUCCUGGCGGAGUAUGUCGCCUCGAUUUCGGUCCCUGCCCCGAUGGCCUCGCCUUCGGGCCCGGGCCGCCAGCCGACACCGGUGAUGGAUCCCUCUCUCGAGGCCAAUGGGGCUCCUGCCAUGGCACAGCCAGCCACAUCGUCAUCCGUCCCCGGGGGCGGACAAUCGAUCGCACAACACAUGCCACCCUCGCUCACGUAUCGCCACGUGUCGCAGAAGCUCGGCCUGCCCCUUGGUGACAUGCCGCUGCUGGUGGCCAUCGCUUCGACGCACUCCGACUACUAUGGGCGGCCGUUGGAUGCCUGUCUCAUGGCGCCGGGCUCGGCGCCAGGGCCUGCCGGCGCCGCCGAUCCUCCCCACCUUGCGGCGGUGGCCCCGGCCCUCGCACAGGAGGAUGGCACGCCACUGGAUCGGAUUCUCUCCUUCUCGACGCGGUUUUUGGCCAGCGAGAAGCUCUUCGACUCGAUGCUCGGGCAUCCCUCCCUCUUGACGCCAUUCGGUGUGGUGGCCGGCGCCGGCGCCAGCCCCUCACACCGUCAUGGCCCCCACCCGGCCGUCGUUGCCACCAUGUAAAGGUUGGCCAUGUGUCCCGCCCGGCACCCGGCCUGGCUUCAUCUCUUCACAUCCCCCCCCCCCUCUCCUCCCUCCCUUGCCACCAAGAGCAGGCCGCCGCCUGUGUCCUCGGGGAUGUCUCCCCUUCUGUACAUUACACUUCUCCCCCC